CAGUUCUUCCCUUCUCCUGCCAUUUCGUCGAGGCUCCACUGAAUUUACCCCCCUGAACGCUCAAGAGAACUUUGGAAGAUGCUGUCCCUAAGACUUAAGCCACUGGUGUCCACCUUUUCGAAGAGUGCUACAAUACACAGUCGUACCCUUGCAUCGCUUACCCAGGAACCACAGUUGGAUAAGGACUCGAACGAUUCGAACCCCGUUGAUGGGGUUGAAGGAUCCUCUGACAAAGGCACGCAGCCUAGAAGAAGAAGAAGAAGAACGGUGUUCACUGAUUCCCUGAAUAAAGGUCCUUCAUUCGACGACUUUGUCUCUGGUAAGGCGUCCAAGGUUGUCGUUGAUCCACUGGAAGCUGCAAGACAGGAUCCUCAGGCCCGUUUACCUUCGUGGUUGAAGGUCCCCAUUCCAAAGGGUAGAUCAUUCCAUAAAGUGAAAGAGGACGUUCGUGAGCUGAAGUUAGCCACGGUCUGUGAAGAGGCGAAAUGCCCGAACAUUGGUGAAUGUUGGGGUGGUAAGAAGUCUGAAGCCACAGCAACCAUCAUGUUGCUAGGUGAUACCUGUACAAGAGGCUGUCGUUUCUGUUCCGUGAAGACGAACAGAAAGCCUGCUGCUCCAGACCCUCAUGAGCCUGAAAACACUGCAGAGGCCAUCUCCAGAUGGGGGCUGGGCUACGUUGUUCUGACCACAGUGGACCGUGAUGACUUGGUCGAUGGUGGUUCCAACCACUUAGCUGAGACUGUGCGCAGAAUCAAGCAAAAGGCUCCACAGACCUUAGUCGAAGUGUUGAGUGGUGACUUUAGAGGAGACCUCGAAAUGGUGAAGAUCUUGGCCAAGUCGGGCCUCGACGUGUACGCUCACAACUUGGAAACCGUUGAAGACUUGACUCCUCAUGUUAGAGAUAGAAGGGCAACUUUCCGUCAGUCUCUAGCAGUUCUGGACACUGCUAAGAAGACCAACCCUGACUUGGUGACAAAGACGUCGCUGAUGCUGGGAUUGGGUGAAACUGACGAACAAGUCCUCGAUGCAUUGAGAGAGUUGAGAAAGAUUGACUGUAACGUUGUGACAUUUGGACAAUACAUGCGUCCUACAAAACGUCACAUGAAGGUUGUCGAGUACGUGAAACCAGAGAAGUUUGACUACUGGAAAGAGAAGGCUCUGGAGUUGGGAUUCCUCUACUGUGCCUCAGGACCACUUGUGAGAUCAUCGUAUAAGGCCGGUGAGGCUUUCAUCGAAAACGUGUUGAGAAAGAGACAGCCAUCACAUUUAGAUGCCAAAGUCGAAUCUGCAGCUGUAGGGGCAAGUGGAGCAGUAUAACGGUGGCUUAUACUGCCACGUUCGGCUAUAUAUAUACACACACAUGAUAUCGAUACACUUAAAUCAAACUUUGGGCAUUUGGAAUAACUUUUAUGGCAAA